GCUCACAUAUGGUCGUCAGCAUGGCUUGGAAACGAUCAUCCGUCAACUUUGCCUCUUGAUCUUCCCUUCGUCGCACUUACCCUCGAGAACAGUCGUCAUUAUUCACUUGAUGAUCUUAAUGCCGACGCAGAGUUUCAGUCCAUAUACCCCGGGAAGUCCCUGGGAUUUGUUCAUCUCGGCCCAGAGAGGCGUUUCUUCGGCCUUUCCAUGUAUCACCAAAUCCAUUGUCUAGACUCGUUGCGUCUCGCUGUGCUCGGAGUUCGACCCCAUGGUGAGCACCGUCUCGGCCAAUCCGGGAAUGCCCACUGGGAGAUGGAUCACGUGCAUCAUUGCCUGAACUACUUGAGGCAGACGAUUCUGUGCGCGGCAGACUUGACGCUUGAGCCAGAAGUGGAGGAGGGCUCUGAUGACGCGGGUGAGGGCUUGGGUGUAACGCACGUAUGCAGGGACUGGAGCAUGGCAUAUCAGUAUGUGGAGAGGAAUUUUGAAGAGUGGGAGCGUUGGAAAUUGAAUCGGACUGGGAGUCCUAGGGCGACGUAG